AUGGCCACCGGAAGUAGACGUCACCAGUGCCAACUGCCAGCCAACUAGGCUUGAUCGAGCUGCACUUUUAGCAAGAGGAAAAGCAUUUUUCACUGUCUCCGACGUUCACCCUUUACACUUUUUCACAUUGGUGUCAUUCAUUAUUUAAACCAUAGUGUAAGUAGCACCAAUUCUCGUAUACAAAUAUGUUUCUGUGGGAUUGGUUCUCAGGAGUUUUAAGUUAUCUUGGGCUAUGGAAGAAAAGUGGCAAACUUCUGUUUCUUGGUUUAGAUAAUGCAGGCAAAACUACAUUGUUACACAUGCUGAAAGAUGAUCGCCUAGCUCAACAUGUGCCUACAUUGCAUCCAACAUCCGAAGAGCUGUCUAUCGGUAACAUAAGGUUCACUACUUUUGAUUUAGGAGGUCACACUCAAGCACGCAGAGUAUGGAAAGAUUAUUUUCCAGCAGUAGAUGCCAUAGUAUUUCUCGUAGACGCAAGUGAUAGAUCUAGAUUAGCAGAAUCAAGAGCCGAGCUUGAUGCAUUGUUGGGCGAUGAGCAACUCAGUACUUGUCCAGUUCUUGUUUUGGGUAAUAAAAUUGAUAAACCGAAUGCAGCAUCAGAAGAUGAGCUUAGAAAUUUCUUUAAUCUUUAUGGUCAAACAACGGGCAAGGGCAAAAUCGCACGUAAUGAUAUACCCGGUCGUCCAUUGGAAUUAUUUAUGUGUUCGGUAUUAAAAAAGCAAGGUUACGGCGAGGGCUUCCGUUGGCUCGCUCAGUAUAUCGACUGAAUGCACAUAAUAAUCGAAACACUCUGAUUCCUAGCAGUUUCAAACUCAUUUCCCUUUCCUCUGUUUCAUUGUGGAUAACGGUAUUAAAACGAUAGGACAUUAUCCUUACACGUAUUGAACAGUGGAAAAGGAAUAUGUUUAAUACUACAAACUGCAGUAACAGAUUCGAGACAGUGCACAUAAAAAAGAAAGAAAGAAAAAAAAAAAAAAAAAAAAAAAAAAAAAACAAAAAAGACGAAUAUUCUUGGAAA